AUGACCGAACAUGGGAAAGGCGUCAUUUCUCCGCUGAGAAGAGGGGAGAUGACUAUCGAGAGCGCAGCUGGAAACGUCUUCAGGUAGAGGUUCAGACGAAUUCAAAGGACGCGCGAAAUAGUUGUCGCGCGCGAGAGGGAAAGCCUUGAGGGAGGCUGGCGGUUCCUGGCACCUACUUGCCAUGACUGUAGCCAGAGGUCAGGAAACGCAAUCAGCCCUGCCACAAGGUCCUUGCCACUCAUAUCGGACUAUGCACAAGCCCCUGCUCUCUGCAAGAAUGACAUUUGGUCAGGUAAGUCUUUUCUCAGAAAGACUAAAUCUUGACCUUUUCCGAUAUGCUUUUUUUUCGCUUUUUACUAAAUAUCGACCUUUUCCGAUAUGUUUUUUUUUUGCUUUUUACUAAAUAUUGACCUUUUCCGAUAUGCUUUUUUUUUGCUUUUUACUAAAUAUUGACCUUUUCCGAUAUGCUUUUUUUGCUUUUUAAAAAAAUUCUCUCCGACUUUUUGAAGAUACUUUUGGAACGAUCUCACCCCUACCGUACACGACGUUUAUCCGGAUCCUCAUCUUCCUCUUCCGAUUCUCAAUUUAGUCCGUCCACCUCAUUCAGGUCAAUUUUUUUUCUAUUUUUUUCUUUACGUUUUCUGCCACUAUUAAAUUAGCUUAAAAAAGAUUUCACUGAAAAAAAAAAUUGAGCAAUAACAUUGCAGUUGCUCAUCGCCCACCGCUCCACAGCCAGCACGAGAUGUGCACGUCUUCGAGAGACUUUUGAAGAUUGUACCCGUCCUUCCGACAGAUCACAACGUGGUCCAGGUGACUCUUUUUUUAAUGGCGUGUUAAUCUGAGAAACGGGACAUGCUUCAUAACGAAAAAUCGUGUUCAUCGGCGCGUCGCAGUUGCUCCAAAACGGUGCUAUUUUUUGUUUCGAAGCAGUUUUCGUUUUUUUUUUUUCCGAUAAACACGCAAUAAAUUUUUUUGUUAAAUACUAACUUGAAAAAAAAGCCUUUUUUUUCAAACGCUCUUACUGUUUCUGUUUUUCACUUAUUUAUUUUUCAAAUUGAAAUCUCAAUUUAUUGACAUUACGGUUUUUUAAAAACCAUCUUAGGAUUUACAGGUUAAAAAUUCAGUUUUCUGGUUGGUCGCCAACAACUAUAGAUGUAAGUUUGCAGAUUCUGAUUGAGAGCGUGUCGCAAGUGAUGGAGCUGGAGCAGCAACUGGAGAAACUCGAGGCAAAGACCAAUGAUUACCGUUCACAGCUGACUCAGGUCGGUUUCCGGUUUUUGUGUUUUGGCGCGGCGCCUGGCACGACCCGACACCUUUUUUUCCUUGACCGCUGCGUCGCGCCCAUUUCAAACUGAGAUUGGUCAAAGAGGCAACUUUUUGGCAAAAUCGUACAAGAUGAGAGUUUAAAAUGUUCAGAUGAGCGUACCAAAGGACCUGGAAAAUGUGGACGUCACGGAGUUCAAACACCUUGUGUGCUCACAACCACUUAAAUUCGAUCCUAAACUAUUUCUUUGA